AACAGCCUUGCCACCCUCGUGCUGGCGGGCUGGACCUUCGCGGCGCCAGCUCCGUCGCCCGCCGACAACACGCAACCCGCAGGGGACAACCCGGUCGGCGAGUUUUCAGUCGAAUUUCUCGGAAACCAGGUCGCCGACAACAGCUGCAGUCAUCGGGAUCUUGGAUUUGCCGGCCAUAUCCAGGGCAAGUGGUACGCCGUCUACGGUGACACUCUGUGGUGCGCGCCUGGCGUAUCCGACCAGGACGCCGAUACUGAUGGCCAGUUCCACGGCAUGGUGAGGGACUCGGUCUCGGCAUUGACCGACAACCCAUUAGUUGUCCAUGAUCUGUUCCUGAAUAACGAUUCCCCUGUUCCUCACCAGAAGCAGUUUGUUCCAUUCGAGAAGAAGUGGGGAGAGGACAAUCUGGUUGGGUUUGGCGGAACCAGCCUCGUUGAGACGGAUUAUGCCAACGCCACUGGCGUCGUCUACUACCUCGUCAACCACGCCGAGGACUACCGAGGAGCAGGAGUCGCCAAAGUCCAAGUCACUGAUGGAGUCCCGAUCGUCACCGAACGUCUUGGCGACAAUGGAUACUGGUGGGACGCAAAGGAGAACCCAAAGUACGGGGAUGUCGCGGCUUAUCGCGAUAUUCACAGCGAAUACGUCUACAUUCUUGGCAACGCUCCCGGCAAGAUCACCUCGUGGCCAGAUAGCGCGUACAUCUACCAAGCCCGUGUCAAGACUGCCGAUGCCUUUGACCUAUCCAGGUACGAGUAUUGGUGGGGGCGGGAGGAGGGAUGGAAGUCUGACCUCUUGACUACAUUUACUGCCGAGACUGCCGUUCUCUGGGGAGCUGGUCAAGGACAGAUUGUGUACAGCCAAUACUUCAAGACUUAUUUCUACGUCCACCUCGAAGGAGCAACGGUUUUGCUACGCUCCGCGCCUUCACCGGAGGGACCUUGGUCAGCGGCCAAGGAGAUAUACAUGGCUACCCCGAUUAAUGAAGGCCUAGUCUAUGCUGGGGUUGCCUAUCCUUAUCUUGACGAAUCUGGAAAGACGCUGACAAUGGCCUUUACUAACAACAACCACAUCCAAGUCAUCCGAGUGACUUUUGCGUAG